CCUUUGUGACUGGCUUCUUCUGCUUCGCAUGAUGUUGUCAAGGCUCAUCCACAUCGUAGCGCAGCUCGGCACUUCCUUUCACGUCUGAACACGGCCCCAUCGCAUGGGCUACCAUGUUUCACUUAUCCAUUCCUCAAGGCUUCUUCCAACAUCAGCCGUGGCAGCCACCUCCUUCUCCGAGAGGCAGCCUCUCGGAGUUGGCCCCGGCUGUGCGGGGUCCAGAGGGGCCCGGGCUGCUGGGUUACCUGCGCCGUUUGCCAAGUGACAUGCACUGCCAAACCAGACUGAGCCGGGGCCUCAUCUUCCUGCACCGGCAGCCACCCCAGGAUUCAGGAUCCGUGAGAGGUUCUCCUGACUGUUCUGCGGAUCGUGGUGCUUGGGAUCUGGGAUUACAUCGAGAACAAAAUAGAGGUCUUUGACGGGGCUGUGAUCAUCCUGUCCUUGGCCCCGAUGGUGGCAUCCACCGUGGCCAACGGGCCCAGGAGCCCCUGGGACGCCAUCAGCCUCAUCAUCAUGCUCCGGAUCUGGCGGGUGAAGAGGGUCAUUGAUGCCUAUGUCUUGCCAGUGAAAGUGGAGAUGGAGAUGGUUAUCCAGCAGUACGAGAAGGCCAAGGUCAUCCAAGACGAGCAGCUGGAGAGACUGACACAGAUCUGUCAGGAGCAAGGGUUCGAGAUCCGGCAGCUGCGCGCGCACCUGGCGCAGCAAGACCUGGACCUGGCGGCCGAGCGGGAAGCGGCGCUGCGGACCCCGCACGUGCUCAGCCAGCCGCGCAGCCGCUACAAGGUGGUGGAGGCCGGCGCGUGGGACGAGGAGACGGCGGCCGGGAGCGUGGUGGAGGAGCUGCGGCCCUCGCAAGAAGCCGCGGUCAAAGAUGACAUGAACAGCUACAUCAGUCAGUACUACAAUGGGCCCAGCAGUGACAGUGGUGUCCCAGAGCCAGCUGUGUGCGUGGUCACCACGGCUGCCAUAGACGUCCACCAGCCCAACAUCUCCUCGGACCUCUUCUCACUCGAUGUGCCCCUGAAGCUUGGUGGCAAUGGCACCUGUGCUAGUGCCACCUCGGAGAGCGCCUCCCGCUCCACCCACAGCUCGGCCACCCGGGCGCAGAGCGACAGCAGCCAGACACUGGGCUCCUCCACGGACUGCAGCACUGCCCACGGGGAGCCUUCCUCUGAGCCCGGCCCCUCGCCCCUGCCCCUGCUGCUGCCACCCCAGCAGCAGAUGGCGGGGGCCACAGUCCAGGACCUGCUGUCCUCCCUGUCAGAGGACCCCUGCCCCUCCCAGAGGGCCUUGGACCCAGCCCCCCUCGCCCGGCCCAGCCCAGCGGGCUCGGCCCAGACCAGCCCCGAGCUGGAGCACAGGGUGAGUGUGUUCAGCCAGAAGAGCCAGGAGGGCUUCCCCGUCUUUCAGACCAGGCCCGCCAUCCACUUCCAGCCCGCGGCCCCCGCGCGGGAGGAGAAGUUCAGAUCUUUGGAAUCCAAAGAGCAGAAGUUGCACAGGGUCCCUGAGGCCUAGAGCCUCCGGUGGGUGGGGUGGGAGGAGGGAGACAGCCAUCUCAAAGCUCUCCUGGGACCCUGGAGGCCACCAAGGGCCACAUGCGGGGCCCAGGAGCCCGCCUGGCCUCCCUCAGGGUGCUGCCUGCCUCCAGGGAGGUGACGCCGGGCCAGGAGGCCACACGCCUCAGACCUCAAAGCCCAGAGCUGGCGCCUCCCCUCGCCCUGCGCAGGGGAGGGUGGUGCUUGUGGCUGCAUUUCCUUUUUAACCAUUUUUACAAAAACCAGCCUGUGGCCCAGCUUCAGCAGGGUAGAGUGUGGGGGCCCGCUCAGCCUCUUCCGUUGCCUUCGUUCCUGACGCCCACCCCGGACCCUCGGGAACAGCACUGUGAGCAGGGGCCGCGCGGCCCCACCCAAGCCGCCCUUCCCAGGAAUCCUGGGUGGAGCCGACACUCACACGGAGACCACCAUCUGAGCCUACUUCACUUGUCCUCAUUCUCUCAUUUCGGCAUGGGCGUUUCUGUCUUUUCAAGACAAAUCUAGUUUUCACCUUCACGGGACCUAAAGGGAUGGGUCUGGGGCGGGGUGGCGGGGGGAGGGGCGGGGACAACCAUUUUCCAACCGUAGCUUUAAUAAUAAAAACCAGCUGCACCGAGA